UUCUAUCCUCUUCGGCUCUCCAAUCUCCGAUUUCACUCUAAAAACAUCGAUUGUAACCACCUUCAAGCACGAUGCCUCUCAGCUACAAAUCCAGAACAAGAACAUACAUCACUCUCAAACACCCCCCUUAGCUUGUUCAUUAUUCUCGACAUCGUGUGGUUUCUAGGGCUCGAAGCAACCUCCUCUAUCUUACAUUGAAAAUCAUUCCCCCAUCCCAUCACUGACCCUUUUGGAGCUAUUUCUAGGGUUUGAAUCAACAUUUACCCUUGUUAACAAGUCGGCCUUAAAAUCCCCUGGAACGCCUCACACGUUUCUUACUAUUUUAGCUGUGAUUCAUUGCCUUGUACAUAUUGCAAUGUAUAACGAGCACCUUGCAAAUUCCACGCAGUCACACUCGAUUUCUGGUGACAACAUGUUCAUCUAUACUCUGAAUACUUACCUGCUUUACAUAAGGGGUAACGACGAUGCAAUUGAAAGGGGAGAUGAAAAUUUCAUGGAGAAGUUACACCAGGAGAAAAUCUCUUUUGAGGUGAAUAUAUAGGUCAAAUAAGGAGAUUUGAAGGAUUUGGAGGCAAAACUGGAGACAAUGAAGUCUGGGCCAUCAGAGUUCGAUCCGGGAGGAAACAGUGUUUUCCUACAUUCAUGAUCUUAAAGCUGGAAGGGGAAAUUUCAUACAUUCCAGUGGUCAGGGAUAUUAACAACAAACGUGGGAAUGAAGAAGUGAGCUUCAAAUAUCAACAGAUGGGUUUUCUGAUUUGAGUGUUGUGGCAGAAAGUGAAUUAGGGGUUGUUUUUCUUGUACCAUGUUACCUCUUAAUAUACCAAUUAUUUUAUAACUCUUUUUUGCUUUAUAUAAGUUGAACUUUUUUUAAUGCUCUUUUUGGUAAGAUUAAAUGAAUUAAUAACUACUGGAGUGAAGGCAGCACAGACAAACGGAUUAUCUAAUAAAAACCAUGGAUGGUUGAUGUUGUUGGACUUCCACUUAAUGUUGCAGACCUUCUACCUACACUGGUAAAGCUGACUAAAAAAGUUACUGAACAAGUGAAACUUCUAGCAGGUCACUACGUACCCCACCUUGCUUCUCUCAUUCUCUCUGAAAACAAGAAAACAAACGGAACAAACAUUAAUCUUCGUGUGAUUGUGAUUGGGAAUGAUGUGAUAGAUGACAAUGCAACUAGUGAAGGGAUUUAUGAUUACUGCUGGACACAUGCUCUAAACUAUGAUGAGACAAAUGCAGGGAUCAACGAGUAUUGUGGCUAUGGUUCUGGGAAUUUCUCAGCAGAGUGUCUUCAUUAUCAAAGCCAAUCAGGUAGUGAAUAUGGUGAGAUUGAUAUUUACAACAUCUAUGCACCAUUCUGUGAUGGAAGUAUCCAGAAACAUGCCACUAGAUCUGUCAAGAACUUUGAUCCUUGCUCUGAUGAUUAUGUCUUAUCAUAUCUGAAUCGAGCAGAUGUGCAAGAAGCUCUUCAUGUCCGAAAUACCUCAUGGGGAUUUUGCGGUGAUAUUGGAAUGAUAGACAGCCCAACAACCAUUUUGCCUACUAUCACUCAACUUAUUGAAAAUGGAAUUAGUGUUUGGAUAUACAGUUCAGUAAAACCUGAUGUUCUAGAAGAGGAAAGAGAAGGUGAUUUUGGGAGGUCACAACAUGCAUCUGAUGCACUGUCAAAAGGUGCUUGGUAUGCAUCAGUGUUAUCAAAAAUAACCCUAGUUGAAGUGCUAGAAGGGAAAAGUCUAAGAGACAAUGGCUGGAGGAACUGGCUAAAAUUUCAGAAAAGAGGUGAGCAAACAAAUGUUGGAACUGUACGAACAAAACAAAGUGGCACCAACUCAGACAAAUUUGGGCCAGAUGUUGCAUUUGUUCGAGAGGAAUUUGGUAGAAGGUCAGCAACAAGUAUGUUUAGUGGGAAGAAACCCGUUGCAGCUGCUAUACGGAAGGUAGAUCCGACUUGGGACAUGGAGGCUGAUGAAGGAGACAAUUAUUCACAUAUUCCACUUAAUCCUCUACGGUUCUUACCACCACCUCCAGUCACCGGCACCAAAUCCGGUCAUCAUCUCCGGCCAAAGAUCCAUACUACAUAA